GUGAUAAGUGCACCUAAAAUGCUGCCGUUUGGGAAUUUUUGUAAAUAAAAUGGUGAGAAUUAUGUUGUCUGAGUGAUGUAUACUAAUCAUUGUACAUAAAAAAUUACAAAUAUAUUCAUAGAAUGCCAUUAUUAAGUAAAAUGGCUCCUCAAAUACGUUACUGAGAUUUAUGCAUAAUGGGUGCCAAUAUUUCCCAGCUGGAGAGAGACAUUGGUGCGGACCAGUUUCCACCCAAUGAACACUAUUUUGGACUUGUAAAUUUUGGCAACACCUGCUACAGCAACUCAGUUCUGCAAGCUUUGUACUUCUGCAAGCCAUUUCGGGACAAGGUGCUGGAGUACAAGGCACGGAACAAGCGUACCAAGGAAACUCUACUGUCAUGUCUUGCAGACCUCUUCCACAGCAUCGCCACGCAGAAGAAAAAAGUUGGAUCUAUUGCUCCCAAGAAAUUCAUUGCCCGGUUACGGAAAGAAAAAGAGGAGUUUGACAACUACAUGCAGCAGGACGCUCACGAGUUUUUAAACUUUCUCAUCAACCACAUUAAUGAGAUUAUUCUGGCGGAACGACCCCAGAACAACAAGAACAAGGUGGGAGAAGGAGAGGGGAGUCAGGAACCGACAUGGGUACACGAGAUCUUCCAAGGAAUUCUGACGAGUGAGACGCGCUGUCUCAACUGUGAAACUGUUAGUAGUGUAUUUUUAAAAAUAAAAUUCUAUUAUGCUAUGUGAAGGGUAUUGGGUGAU